AUGGAUGGAGCCGUCGGCGAAGAGCUGGUCAAGUUGCAAUUCUACGUAUAUUCAGCGUACGUUGAACGGCGCAUGAUGUACGCAGUGCGUAUUAUCGCCGCUACUAACACUUACACGCCAGACAAGGUCUGGUGCCACCUAUGGCUGCCUAACGGUCGGACUGUCACAAUCGAAGCUUCUAUCCAGGUGAUCAAAGACCACGAAAAUUUGGAAUAUACUGCAGCGUUUGUGCUAUGUCCGUUGCGAUACUCGGGUGUAUCUGCUGAUGAGACAGUGGGAGCCAUAGUAGCAGUCAUAGCAUCCAAAGCGCCCGAUGAACCUACAACCAACCUUCUUAUCGUUCAGGACACAGCACCGAAAACUAAUAUUAGCGGGAAUCUCCACGUUUGCGUGAAGCCUUUCUACAGAUACAGCCGUACCGAAUGGACAUUAGAAUGGCUAGAAAUGAACCGGUUACUCGGAGUGUCACACUUCUACUUGUACAACGACUCAAUAAGCGAUCGAUUCGGCUGUCUACUAAAAUAUUAUGAGGACAAAGGUGUUGUCACGUUGCGCCAAUGGCAACUGCCAUUGAAAUCCGACGUAGAUAUAAAAGGGAACGGUAUGGUGGCAGCCUACAACGACUGCCUGUACCGAUCGAUGUCAAAAGCUGAUUGGCUGCUGAUAAUUGACGCUGAUGAAAUUGUGCUGCCACGAUAUGAGAAAACUGUGCCACAACUCGUGCGCUCACUCACUGACGAAUUCGUGACCAAGAAAGCAGUCGCCUUCAACUUUACUAACGCCUACUUUUACGUGUUUUGGGAGGAUGACCCCGAGGCACCUUCACCUUUGAUGACGUCACGCAAGACUCAGCGUCUAAAAACAAACGAAGUCGACGAGAAAAACGAUAAUACACGCAACAAGUAUGUCUUUCAGCCGCUGGAGGUCGUUGAACUCGGCAGAAACAACAUCUGGGAGAAACUGCAUAACUCCAUAGCUGUCGAAGUAUCUGUUAAAAGAGCUGUUGUUCAUCAUUACCGGAUUUUCUAG